AAAAAGGCGCCCUUUUCAGUGAUUCCCAAUCAGCUGCAGAUUUAUAUUAUAUAAUGGGACAACACUGUUUUCUUUGCUAUCUGUCUAUCGUUCAGCCACCACAUUUUUCGCCGUCAUCGCUCUAAGGUUGUAAAUACAUUUCGAUUUGUAUCGGUUUGUACUUGUAUUAGUAUGCGGUAGACGAAGGCAUAUCGAAAUAAUAAACAAUUAUGUGGAAUUUAUAAACAAUCUGUAUUUUCAGUUAUAUUUGAGUGUGUGUGUGAAUGUGCGCGUGUAAUUAUGCACAGAGCAGCAGCCAAAUGCGCUCCAAACGGCGGUGAAAGUGUUGUUGUUGCAGCGAAAUUGGUUUUCGUGGCUUGCAGCAGCGGUUGCGGUUCAAUUUGUUGUGGCAUUCGCUUUAGCAGCAACGAUCAAUUUUCCCAAAAAAAGACAACAAAGUGAAGUAGAAGAGUAGGGUUGAUAAAAGAAUAGUGCAACAAAAGUGCGGGCGACAAGUGCAUAAUAAAGAAAACAAUUGCCGUUUUUAUUUUUUUUUUAUUUUUCGGUUUCCGUUUUGUUUGCCAAUAAACUUGCAGUGCUGCUUGCGUUUACAGUUACAUACUUACAUACACAUGUAUGUAUGCAUUAUGUAUACGCUAUAAUAAGUUCAAGGAAAGCAGAAAGCAAAAUGCGAGAAACAGAAUGUGCAAUGCAGUAAGAAAAAAAAACGACGCCUGCUGCUUGGGCCUCGCCUCUGUCCAUUUCAUAUUAUGUAAAGAGCGCUCUUUGUUGACUUGUGCACCUGUUUGUGUGUGCGUGCAAUAAAUAUUAAUUCGAUCCAAGUUGCAUGCUAUGAUAAUGUUCAAAACGGAGCCAAAUAAUCGAUGUGCGAAAAUUUGCCGUUGUCGGCUGUGAGCUGGCGCGGGGGCAGCAUUAGCGGCAUUAGCAGCAACAAAGCACAGCUGAGCGACAGCAGCAGCGUCGGCGUCGCUGUAUGUGUGCGUAUGUGAGUGUGUGAGUGCAUAGGGAGUGAAGGCAAAUAACAACAGUCGCAAUCGGAAGCAGGAGCAGCAACGGAUCUGAAGCAAAUCAACGCAAAUCAAUAUUUAUUAUGUGAAACCCCAACUGAACUGCAAUAAUGUCUAAUUAAAGCAACAAAUUGAUUGGUUAACAGCAACAAUAAUAAUUGAAUAGCUGUGGCAACCUUGCAAGUUCUUUGCCCUUCUAUUUAUUCGUUUGUUAAACGCCCACAAAGCAAAAAUAAUGGAAUUUUAACAAAGUUACAAAAGUGUACUUCUGGUGCAGGUGCGAGAGGACGACAACCACAUCUAAAAGAAGGGGAAGAGGAUCAGUAGCAGAAGUAUACGCCGGGAGAAUUCAGUUGAGAGGACAGCAGAGGGAGGAGCACAUGAUACCCACAAGCGUCACCAAUUCGCCGCCAGCCGCUGGCUUGGCACAGAAUGGAGCAGCUGCUGUUGGCGGCACUGCAGCAGCAGCAGCAGUAGCUGCAUCGACGGCGGCAGCGCAGCAGAGCAACUACAACUCGAUUGUGCUGGGCCUGGCCUCGCUCAUACUGGAGGGCAGGCCCAUAUCCGAUGAUGAGUACCAAGUGCAGCAGCAGCAGCGACAGCAACAGGUGACGCCAGCGACUAGCAGUGGUCGCCUCUCGCCACGCCCCUCCACAUCGCGGGCAGCCAUCAACAUUACAACGAAUCCCUAUGCAGCCAUGGCUAGUGGCACGCCCCGUUCCGCCUAUACCCAUGCUCACGGAUACGGGCUCGCCUAUGGUCAUGGUCAGGGACAGGGAUAUGGUUAUGGUGCCAGUGCCAGCGCAAGCAGCAGCAGCAGUGCCACGCAUCAACGUUGGACGCAGAAGCUCUGCCAGCUGCGGCAGGUCUCGCCGGCGGCGCAGAGUAUGAGUGCCGAGCCGGAGCUUGUGGCACUGGCCAUUAAUGAGCUGAAUGCGGAUCGGGGCGAUUUUGAGAUUGUGCGUCGCGUCAUGUUGAAUCGUGCUGGCGGAGGUGGCGGGGGAGGAGGAGGAGUAGGGGGAGCAGCUGGAGAGCAGCUAGCUACAAAUAACUCGAGUGCUGCCAGUUCACCCGGCUCCGGCUCUGAUAAUAUUUUGCACUCGCUGCAAUCGCUAGCCACGACCUGUCUGCGCGGCGGACCCGCUGUGACCACCGAGACGCGACCCCUGAGCCUGGCCCUCGGCUUUGGCUCGCCGACAACAACACCAACAACUGUGAGUGCCGCCAGUCUGUUGGACUAUAACUGCAGCCGGACAAUGCCUGGCGGCAGUGGUUCACCAGGGGGUGGAGGAGGAUACGGUGUGGGAGGAGGAGGAGGAGUAGCAGUUGGAGGAGGAGUAGGAGUAGGAUUAGGAGGUGCAGCAGCCACAUCAACAGCCACUGCCAGCAACAACGCAGCUGGAGCCGGAUGCGGAAACGGAACCAGCUCCAGCUGCACCACGCGGCCCAAACACGGGCCACACUGUGAUCAGUUCCUCAGAAAGAUGGGCCUCGCCAAGGGCGAGUCUGCCGACGCUGAGGAGCAUUUCUGUGAUAUGUCUUACGUAAAUAUAACCUGUUCCCGCUGGCGUGCCCAUUGCAUGAAGAUGGAGGCCAUUCUGGCGCGCCGGGAGCCCGUCUGCAUCGAGGUGUAUCUGGGCCCCGCCGGCCACAAGAUUCUGCUGGAGCAGUGGAUCAUCAGCGGCAAGGAGAAAGUGCCGCCGCCGACGAUGACGCUGCCGUCGCUGUGCAGUGCGAUUCGCAGCCAGCUUUACUUUUCACAGAUCGUGGCCUGGUGCGAUCUGCUGCGCAAGUGCGAUCCCUCGGUGUAUGACAGCGGGCGCGUCAUCUUUGCCAACGGCAGCGGCAGCAGCAGCACGGCCGGAGAUCUGGCCGGGCACAGUGCCUCGACGAGCUCGGCUGCGGCUGGGAUGCGACGGCCGCGUCUCAACAUCUUCUACAGGAUCCGGCCACAUGACCUGAGUUGCUCGAAUGGCAACCACAACGAUGGCGGCUUCAGUGCCAAGGCGAACGUGCACAACUUUCCGCACGUGAACAUUGCCGAGAACUUCAGCGUGGCGGUCUGCGUCAAGAGUCUUCCGCGCUUCAACGGCGGCUUGCCGCACGUUUCGCCUGCGGUGUCCAAGCCGCGCACACAGAGAGCCGAGCCGGCGGCCAGCACGCCCACAGGCGGCGGAGGCAUGUGCGCGGCCACGCCAACCGGGCUGGGCGCACGGAUUGCCAUCAGCACAACGCCGCCGGCAAGCAGCUGUGAUAAGUUUGGGGCUAGGCACCAGCAGGAGCGGGAAGCUGAGGCAGGAGCGGCGGCAGAGGAGGACGGAGCUCGAGAUGAUCUGGAUGGUCAUCGGGAAAGGCAGCUGCAAAAGUAUCGCAAACGUAUGCAGCGCCGGGACAAGAAGCGCGAACGCAAGCCCUCAGAUCAGUUGGAGCACAUGGAACCCAUGGACGAGGGCAGCGAGGAGACGCAAACGCAGGCAAUGGUCCUGACGCUGACGGCGCCGCGUCGCAUCGCGAUGAUCUCGACGGGCACACAGACCUCGCUGAGCAGCUGCCAACAGUGCGGCAGCGAGAAGACCCUGCUCUGCCUCAAUUGCAGCGCCGACGAUGCCGAGCCGAAGACUGGGCACGAUGAUAAUGACGACGGCGACGACACAAGCGCCUCGGAAAUGGAGGACUCGUCCAGCUGCAGCCUCAGCAGCUCCGAUCUCAUUGUGGGCACACCGCGCAACAAGGCCGAGCUGCUGCUCCAGGCCAUACAGCGCACGCCAAAGAACCGAAAGCCCACACCAAAAGCAGCAGCAGCCGCGGCAGCAGCAGGAGCAGCAGCAGCAGCGUCUAACGAUCUCAAAGCUGGAAUAGUGCAACAGGGCCAGAGUCGAAACCAGAACAAUAACCAGCUGAAGCCAGCGCCAACUAGCGGAUGUCAGGUGUGCAAGCGCCAGAAGACACAGCACAAUUUUGGCGCUGGCAAGGCGAGUAAAAAGGAUGCGGAGUUGCCAUCGAACGGGACGAACGGGCACGGAGCGGAUAACGAGGGCGAGGGCGCCGACAACAGCAUGGAUCAGGAGGUGGAAGUGAGCGCCUCGACCAAGCUGACGCCGAACAUCGAUCGCUGCUCACUGAAUGCUGGCCAGGAACGCUGUCAGACGCCAACGGAUGUCGGUGGCUGUGCCAUGGAUGAGCGCAUUGUGGUGCAGUUCAAGACGCCCAUCAGUCAUGUGCCGCUCAAGCUGCAGGAGUUCCAGUCGCAGUCGCAGUCGCAGCCACAGCAGCAGCAACCACUUUAUCAGCAGCAGCUGCCGCCGUUGACGGGGCAGCCGACAAAGGCGCCCAAUCAGCUGCGACUGAAUUGCAGCGGCGGCUUGCUGGACAGGGAGACGCCGCCGCCAAUGCUGUCGCCGCUGCUGCGCAAGGCACUGCCCAAGGUCAAUUUGACGACGAUCUUCUGCAGCAGCUCGGCGCCCAUUACCAUUGACAGCGGGCUGGCCUUUUGCUUUGAGCCGCCAGCGCUGAGCUAUGCCCACUCGCAGUCGCAGUCACAGUCGCUGCUGACACCGCCGGAGGCGGCCAAUCUGCCCGUGCAGAAGUCCUACUCGGCCCCGACGCUGCCCAAUGCGCUGUCGGUGUCGCCGCGCUUCGCCAAGCAGGCGGCCUUCUACAAGCGUCGUUCGCGACAUCUGAGCGACCGGUCGGACCGCAGCUCGCUGGGCUCCGAUGAGCAGCUGUCGGACGAGGAUCUCGAGUCGGGCAUGUGCAGUCCGGCGGGCUCGCCGCUCAAGACGCGAGCGCGUCUAGCGACACAGUUCGGAGGGCGACCGCUGCUGGGCAACCUGGAGGAGUCGCUGCUGCAGAAGCGUUUGCUGCCCAAGAUCGAAGUGGCCGGUUUUCGUCUGCAGCUGGGCGCCUCAGGUGGCUUCUGUCCCACACAGCUGACCAUUCCGGCCUCCUCGUACUUCUACGAGCUGCACGGCGAGACGCUCAGCACGCCCUACCUGUGCGAGAUUCGAUUGCCACGCAAAGGUUACUUUGUGCCGCGAUCGGGCACUGUGCAGGCGACGCUCCUGAAUCCCAUGGGCACAGUGGUGCGCAUGUUUGUCAUUCCCUACGACAUGCGCGACAUGCCGCCACUGCAUCGCACCUUUAUACGUCAGCGCAUCCUCGCCGAGGAGCUGCCCGGCGCCAGUCCUUGCGGCGGCGGCAUCAUGAUGCAGCCACAUCGGGAAAGGGAGCCGGGCAGCCCAACAGCCAUGAGCACCACCAGCAAACUGGGCCACUUUAUCAGUGCCGAGCAGAUGAAGCGACUGCGCUACUCCAUACACCUGAGGUUCCAGACAUCGCGUUCCGGCCGCCUUUCGCUGCACACGGACAUUCGUCUGCUGAUCUCAAGGCGCACGGACUGCGAUACAGCGGCGGCGCACGCCAAGGGCAUGGUGGAGGCGCCCAAUGAGCUGGUGACGGAUACGCUGAUGCCGACCGAGCCCAGGUACAGUGCGCGCCAGGAGAGUCCCGGCAAGAUUUAGUAGUUGCUGAGCGCCCUGGGCGUGGCAUGUGUCAACGGCAACUGCGGUGGCAACUUUGUGCGGCGCCUGUGGAAGCAGCUGCAGGCGCGCUGGCAACUCUGGCAGCAAUGCCCCAAGUAUCAACUGUAGAGCAUCGAAAAUUGGCAGUUCUCUGGACAAGCUUAACAACGGGAAUCGAGACAAAUUUCCGACCAGACGCUGUUCUAUUCUCUCUCUGUCCCCACGCCCUGCCCCGCCCAACCCCCCACCACAACUCUGUUUAAGUCAGUUUAAGGCCUCUAGUUUGAAUUUUUGAAAAUUGUGUUAAUGCUAAGCAGAAAGAACAUUGCGAAGUGCAACAACAACAACAACAACCUAA